AUGCCUGGAAUUCUUCUUAUAAAAGCGAUCAAGGUCAGCAGCGGCUCACAGAGCAGUAUCGCACAGACCCGCGAUCGUUGCAGAGGCAAAAAUUUCGCUGUGAUGGUAUUCGACCUUGUUGCACGCAAUGUGCUAAUGUGGCAAGGGGACGCGCAGACAGCCGGCGCCCUGUCUACCAAGGGUUCCUCCGGUCAAACCUCCACCCCAGGUGUGUCUGCCGACGAACUGGUGGUAGACAGUGAUUUUGUUGUUAAGAUCCCGGACGCAGCACGUGCUGCAGCAGCUAAAAAGACUGUUAGUGCAGCUCUAAGCAGUGCUGUGGUUACUGCUGCGUGCCAACUACCAUCGGGUGAUAUCCGCUUGCGAGCCAGCAGUGCAGCAGCAACCAAGGUGCUUAGAAAAUACGCAGAGGCAUAG